UGCUCCUGGGGUGGAGUUCACGGGGCUGCACAAAGAGACGGCAACUGUCACUCAGAUGCACUUCCUACCUGGACAGGGCCUCCUGCUUUCCCUUCUGGAUGACAACACGCUGCACCUGUGGGACAUCUACCAGAAAGACGGCUACUCCCACCUGGAGGAGACGAGGAGCUUCAUCCUCCCCGGACGGCCAGGGUUCGACAACGCUAAUUCUCCUCCCAGCAUCACCCGGGUGACGGUGAUCCUCCUGGGCUCCACCUGCAGCAUGGCGUACCUUGGCACAGAAGGGGGUGGCAUCUACUUCCUGGGGCUUCCUGGUCUAACGGUGCUGGAGGACAACACCCUGUACCAAGACGAAGUCCUGCAGAGCGUGCCUGAAGACUACCGAUGUGGGAAGGCCCUUGGGCCAGUGGAGUCUCUUCAGGAACAUCCUCAAGACUCAGCCAAAAUCCUCAUCGGAUACAGCAGAGGCCUGAUGGUCCUGUGGGACAGAAGCUCAAGAGAAGUUCAUCAUCUUUUCUUGGGCAACCAGCAACUGGAAAGUGUCAGCUGGGAGCGGAGUGGCCGGACGCUGGUCAGUUCUCACAGCGAUGGGGGCUACGCCUUGUGGUCGAUGGCAAUCGGUUCGCCCAAGACCCUGCAGCCCACAACUUCCACCGUCCCUUAUGGUCCUUUCCCUUGUAAAGCCAUCACCAAAGUCCUGUGGCAGAACUGCGACUCGGGGGGCCACUUCAUCAUCUUCAGCGGAGGGAUGCCCCGGGCCAGUUAUGGGGACAGGCACUGUGUGUCCAUCCUGCAGGGCCAGACCUUGGUGACACUGGACUUCACCUCGCGGGUGAUUGACUUCUUCACGGUGGGCAGCCUAGAGGCAGAGGAGGAAUCUGACAACCCAGCCGCCUUGGUGGUUCUGGUGGAAGAAGAGUUGGUGGUGAUUGAUCUGCAGACGCCGGGCUGGCCCACCAUCCCCUCGCCCUACCUGGCCCCUCUCCACUCCUCGGCCAUCACCUGCUCCUACCACAUCUCCAACGUGCCCCUCAAGUUGUGGGAGAGGAUCAUCUGCGCCGGUGAACAGCAGAACCCCCGCCUUUCCUCGGUGCCUUGGCCCAUCGAUGGAGGGCGGCCUCUGGCUCAGGAACCCACCCAGAGGGGGCUGCUCUUGACCGGGCACGAAGAUGGCACGGUGCGCUUCUGGGACGCUUCUGGAGUGUCCCUCAAGCCGCUCUUCAAGCUGGGCACGGCCAACAUCUUCCAGAUGGACUGUGACCACAACGACAGCUUGAACCAAUCCUACGAGGAGGAAUGGCCCCCCUUCCGGAAGGUUGGCUGCUUUGACCCUUACAGUGACGACCCCCGGCUGGGUGUCCAGAAAAUCGCCUUGUGCAAAUACACGGCUAAGAUGGUGGUUGCUGGCACGGCAGGGCAGGUGCUGGUGAUGGAGUUUAACGAUGAGAAGUCCGAACACAUGGUCAACAUCGCUGUGGUGGACCUACUCCAAGACCGCGAAGGCUUCACGUGGAAGGGGCACGACCGGCUGCCCCCCAAGAAUGGCGCCCUCUCCUUCGCCCCUGGCUUCCAGCCCAGCGUCCUCCUGCAGUGCCUGCCCCCCGCAGCUGUCACGGCUGUCACCCUGCACUCAGAAUGGAACCUGGUGGCCUUUGGAACCAGCCACGGCUUUGGCCUCUAUGACUACUACCGCCGGAACCCUGUGCUGGCCAGGUGCACCCUGCACCCCAACGAUUCUCUCGCAAUGGAGGGCCCCCUCUCGCGGGUGAAGUCCCUGAAAAAGUCCCUGCGCCAGUCCUUCCGUAGGAUCCGCAAGAGCCGCGUGUCGGGCAAGAAGAGAGUCACGGCCAGUAGCCCCUCCAGUAAGGUACAGGAAGCCAAUGCCCACCUCGCUGAGCAACCUGGUCCCCACGAGGUGGAGAUGGCCCCCGUCCAGCGGCGGAUCGAGCCUCGUUCAGCGGACGAUUCACUGUCCGGGGUUGUGCGUUGCCUCUAUUUUGCGGAUACCUUCCUCCGAGAUGCUGCACAUCAUGGACCCACCAUGUGGGCCGGCACCAACUCGGGCUCGGUCUUUGCCUACGCCAUGGAGGUCCCUUCCCAGGAGAAGUUUUCAGAGCGCUCGGUGGAGGCGGUCUUGGGCAAGGAAAUCCAGCUCAUGCACCGGGCCCCGGUGGUCUCGAUUGCCGUCCUGGACGGCCGAGGGAACCCUCUGCCGGAACCCUACGAGGUCUCUCGGGACCUGGCCAAGGCCCCCGACAUGCAGGGCAGCCACUCGGUGCUCAUCGCUUCCGAAGAGCAGUUCAAGGUCUUCACCCUCCCCAAAGUCAGCGCCAAAACCAAAUUCAAGCUGACGGCCCACGAGGGCUGCCGCGUCCGUAAAGUGGGCCUGAUGAGUUUUGCCAGCGCCACUUGUGACGACUAUUCGGAGAAUGGGCUGGCCUGCCUCACCAACCUGGGCGACCUCCACGUCUUCACGGUGCCCAGCCUGAGGCCACAGGUCCACUACGACUGCAUCCGGAAGGAGGACAUCAGCGGCAUCGCCUCCUGCGUCUUCACCAAGUACGGCCAAGGCUUCUAUCUGAUCUCUCCGUCAGAAUUCGAACGCUUCUCCUUGAGCACUAGAAGCAUCACCGAGCCACUGUGUGUGCUGGAGACAAGCCGCACCCACGACAGCCUUUCUCCAGGAAAUAACUUCACAGCAACACCAAAACUAAGCCAGGCCAAUGGGACGCAUAUUUUACAAGGAUCAGAGGCUAAUCAUUCCCCUGCAAGCAACGAUCGGUCUCCUGAAGACCACCCAGCAUUGUUUGCCUCAACGCCGGUUGACUCCCCUGACAGCAGCAUUGACACCCCCUUAAAUACCACGGGAGACAUUACAGUCGAAGAAGUGAAGGAUUACUUGGCGCCCUCCGAGGAAGCCGAGAGGAACCUGCGGAACAUCAGUGAGGAGGAGGCCAGAUCUCCAGGGAUCCUCAUUAAAUGAGGGACCCUGCACCGUCCUACGCGAUGCUUGGAGCUUCGGGGCCGAGACUUCUCGCUGUCUUUGCAAGGGGGCUACGGGUCCUCCCUCUCCAGAGGACCCCAGACUCUUCCCUGCCUCCUUUUCUUUUUUACAAGGACAAAAAGAGCAGUGAUCUUUUUCGGUGAUCUUUUUCUAACUCUUGGCCCGGAAGCGGACAGGCGGCAUCUCUUCCUGGGUACCUCUCUCUCCAAGUUUGCAUUUUUGAUAGAUGAUGAGAUAUAUAUAUAUAUAUAUGUAAAAAAAGGAAAAGAGAAAAAAAACAAAACAGAAAAAUGUGCCAACGUCCUGGAGGGAACCACUUUCGGAGCGUCUGCUGCUCUUCCAUUGCACAGAGACUUGGGGGGACUUUAAAAAGCGUUUUCUUUGGAGAAAAAAGCCACUUUGAGGAUGACUGGGCUGAGGUCUCCCCCCCCUCCUCCCCCCCCCCACUAAGAAAGGGAUUGGGGUCUUUUGGCCCAGCGGGGCCUCCGGUGGGGGGAAAGGAGCUUUUGAUGGACAGAAGACGGAGGGAGGGGAUUUGGCUGGGCAGUUCCCUCCACCUGCCUCCUGCUGGACGCGGGAGUGGCUGCCCAGGCUGGGAUUCUGCUUGGAACAUCCUCGGUCCUCUUCAGAACUCUCCGUUAUCGUUGGGCCAACCUCCCUGGGAAAAGUUGUCCUGGAUCCAAUGACCAAUGAAGUAUUUUCUGCUCGCUGGCGGGAACUUUUUGAGGCCAAGAGCGGAUUUGAGGAAAGCGUUUGGUGACACUGAUGGAAAGCAACCUUCCUUCUCUUCCACCGUCAUUCCUUCUCCUUCACUAUCAUUCCUCCUCCCUCCCUCUUAAUUUGGAGGGAACGGUUGAAGACUCCCCCACCCCCAUUUCUUCGUUACACAAGAUUUCUAAUUGGGAGUAUUUAUCCGAGCACAAAGCCGAUUCUGUGAAAUAGGAAGCCACAGGGCUGCACAAGGAAAUGAUAGCAGUCCAAGAAAUACUAUCAUACCUUUCUGAUAUCCUUCACUUUUCCUUCCAUUAUUUGAACGUUCAACGAGGGGUGGGAAAUUCCAAGUCCUUCUAUUCACUUUCCUCUCCAAGAAUUGGAUGGGCAAACAGGAGCAAACCUCUCACCUCCUUCCUAACUGUCUGUGGGCCCAAUGUGACUUAAAAGAGUUUUGUAGAUUUGGGGUUAAUUUAGCAAUGCCAAAGUAGCUUCCUCUUUCCGUUCUGAAGUUCCAGUUUCCUGGGGGGUUUUUUUGGGGAGGGGGGAGUGUUGGGGAGGGAAAGUUAACUGGGUUUGGUACAGAGCUGAUGUCUGUCUCUUAAUCCCAGGAGAUGAUAGGAUGGUAAAUAAGUUUGGCUUACGUUUCUGUGCUUCCCUCCCCGCUUUGUCUUUCAACCCGAGAAGGGGCUCCCCGAGUCUAGGAAGUGAAGAGCUUUUGCUGAGCUCAGGAUGGGAUUUUGGUCUGGGUGCCCUGAAGAAUGCAGGGUCUCCUCCAUUGAGUGCAGGAAGCAAAAGCCUUGGGACCCCUUGGUGGGCUUCCCUUCUCUUUAUCUGGCCAGCUCUGACGAAUCUCGGGGUACAGUUCCCCCGACCUCCAGCUUCCCCCAUUAGAAAUCCUGGCUUUGGCUGCCUGUGCUGAAUUUGGCUGAGCCAGCUCCAGUUUUGCCUGAUGAUCCCAAUUUCUGCAGCGGCUGCCGACCCUCACCAGUCCAAGGCACGCUGCAUGCCACCACAAAGGUGUUCGUGGGUGUUUUUUUUUUUGGGGGGGGGGGUCUUUCCUGCCUUAGAAAACCUCUUGCUGGGAUUUUUUGCAAGCCACAGAAAGGACUUUGCAAGAAUGAGCUGCGUGUGCCACUGUGCAAAAGCUGCAGCGUUUUUGGGUACGUUGCUGAGAUCUUGUCUCCAAAAUACGGGGCUUUGGCCCACCAGUCAGUGCUCCCACCCCUCUCCCAACUGCUGCCCAGCAUCACGGACCCCUUUCUCUGGGGCGGGGGUAGAUUCUUGUCUGCUUCACCUCCAUGUUUGCCCGCUGAGGUGGGAAAACUUCUUGUGCCAAAAAGAUGAGCCUGUCGCAGGACCUCAAGCUCCGUUUUCUGCUGGGAAGGAUUCCUUUUUCUCAUGGCUGCUUUUGUGCCAAGAAAACUCCCCUGGAGGGUGGAUAAGAUGGCGGGGAAGCUAAGAAGUGGGGCCAAAAUCUUAAGAAAUAAAUCCCCCUUUUGGAUGUACGUGAGAAUUGGGCUCCCCAGUUUUUUUUUGGGACCUUUGAAAGUCCACUUGGGUGGAAAGGUACGAUUCGAUCCUUGCUCUGUGUGUGUGUGUGGGUACCUGACGGGUGUCUGUGUGGGUGUCUGGACGUGUGCCAUUGUGAGUCUUUUUUUUUUUUUUGUGGUAGCCACGGAGGGAGGGCUAGUUUUCCUGUAGAACGUCCUCUUCGGAUCUCCCCCCCUUUUUUUGGUCCAGAGAAUGGAUUUAGCAUUGUUUAGUAAUUAAUGCAGGUUUUUAAUAAAGGAAGAAUAAAGCAUUUACUAUCUAAUGCAGCCUCUCCGUGUCUAGUUUCUCACCGCCCCUCGUUGCAGGAAGCAGAGGAAGUGCAGCUUGUAAACAUCAAAAUACGGACGUUUUCCUGCUACCGGGGCAAGGAGGGGGAAACGCCGUUUAGAGGACUGGCACCUAAGAGGGGAGGAAACCCGCUAAAAAUUGGUGGGAGCGCUUCUAGCUGUCAGAAGAGAAGGACGCCACGCGGCAGCUCACAAACGGCCAUCUUUGCAAUCUUUAUUGAGAACUUAACAAGAAAGCUUGUGAAGCCCUGGGACGGAUGGAUGCCCACUGCGCUGUGUUUGUGCCAGGCCAGACGCAACCCUGCGCUUUGCCGGUUGCAUUCCUGCCCGCUGCUGCUGUUUUGGAGUUAGCCUGCGUUUGGCCAUGCACUCUGCAGCUGGUAGCAAUCGCUGCAGAUGUUGAUGCUGCACCAAGUUGACCCAGGCUGGGUUU